AUGGCGAUUGUCGUGUUUGCAACAGUUCUAUUUCCGAUACCUAUGAAGCUCGCAUCAUUACCAAUACAGAAGCCUUUAUGUAUCUCUCAAUUUGCAUUAGCUAAUCAAGCUUGUGGCUCCAUACCAAUCCAACAGGACCUUGUUGAAUAUGUUGAGGAUCCGGAGGACCCUGAAAGUGGCGGCCAUCGAAGCUCUAGGGCUAGGAACAGAGAAAGGAAUAAUAGCAGGUCAAGGGAUGGUGAAAGUCAUAAUGGUUCUCAUAGCCGCCAACACCGACGUAGGCGUGCAAGAAGACAUCGCCAUCAUCAUCAUUUGUCACAAAAUGAAAUGGACUGUUGUAGGUGGAUGAAGGAAAUGGAUGACGCUUGUGUUUGCCAGUUGUUGUAUCGAAUGCCAGCGUUCAUGAGGAAACCUAAACAUGAUUAUGUAGUUAGAGUCCACGAUUCGUGUACUGUUACGUUUAAUUGCCCUGGGAGAUUGUUUUGA